GGGAGUUUGACAUGGAUGAGCGUGUCUCGUAAUGACCACAGUUGAGUUGGUAAUCUUCAUUUUAUCUCUAUCAUUUUUUUUAUUAGAUUACUAACUCUUUACAUUUUUUGUGUUAUCUAAUAAUUUAAUGAUUAAAAAUUUCACAAAAAAAUAAAUAAACAUAAUUUCAAAAUUUUAAUCAUAAUUUUAUAUAAUAUAAGCGAUGUCCCUAACUUAAACAUCUAUACAAACAUUUUGCUUUUAUAGUAAAUUACAAUUUUAAAAACCAUGAUUUACUUUUAAGAAAGAGAAAAUAAAAAUAAAAUUUUGUUCUAUACUCAGUCACCAAUCACCACAACCAUAUAUACCCCUCUCUUCUCACUAUCUUCCACACUUCCCCAUCAACAAAUUUUCUUCCUUUCUCUGUUCUUUGUCUUCUCUAACAACUUCUAUUCCUGUUUGAGUCUAUUGUCUCAAAAGGGUAAUCCAAAUGGCAAAGGAUAUUGAGGUUUCUGAGCGUGGUUCUUUCUCUAACAAAGACUACCAUGACCCUCCACCAGCACCACUCUUUGAUGCUGAAGAACUCACAAAAUGGUCCUUUUACAGGGCCCUUAUUGCUGAGUUCAUUGCAACUUUACUUUUCCUUUAUGUUACUGUUUUAACUGUUAUUGGUUACAGUAUUCAAACUGAUGUUAAAGCUGGUGGUGAUGUUUGUGGUGGUGUUGGUAUUCUUGGUAUUGCUUGGGCUUUUGGUGGCAUGAUCUUUGUCCUUGUUUACUGCACUGCUGGAAUUUCAGGGGGUCACAUUAACCCAGCAGUGACAUUUGGGCUGUUUUUGGCUCGUAAGGUGUCUUUGAUCCGAGCAAUUAUGUACAUGGUGGCUCAGUGUUUAGGGGCUAUUGCUGGUGUUGGGUUGGUUAAGGCUUUUCAAAAGUCUUACUUUGAUAGAUAUGGUGGUGGAGCUAAUUUUCUUCAUGAUGGUUACAGUACUGGUGUUGGAUUAGGUGCUGAGAUUGUUGGUACCUUUGUUUUGGUAUACACUGUUUUCUCUGCUACUGAUCCUAAAAGAAGUGCUAGAGAUUCCCAUGUUCCGGUUUUGGCACCACUUCCUAUUGGAUUUGCUGUAUUCAUGGUUCAUUUGGCAACCAUCCCUGUUACUGGAACUGGCAUUAAUCCUGCUAGAAGUCUUGGUUCUGCUGUUAUCUACAACAAAGAUAAGCCCUGGGAUGACCAUUGGAUCUUUUGGGUUGGACCAUUUAUUGGGGCAGCCAUUGCUGCAUUCUACCAUCAAUUCAUCUUAAGAGCAGGUGCAGUUAAAGCUCUUGGAUCAUUCAGGAGUAACCCUACUGUUUGAGUGUUAUGGUUUUAAUGGAAAAGAAGAUCAUUGAUAUUUGCACCCCCCCCCCCUCUCAAUUGUAUCUUCAAGAUUGUGGAUAAGUGUAGGUUAAAGUCUCUUUCUUUACAGGGGAGCCUUUUUACACUUUCCUCUGUAUUCUAUCCCUUUAGUGUGUCAUCUUUUUUCUUUUUAAGUUAUUAUUCUCUUCUGUUAUCCUUUGUACUCAUUACUAUAUAUUUAUGGUAAAAUAUUCUAAGUUUAAAUUA